AUGGGAGGUCGUGAGGAUAAGAGACGGGCGCCCAGGAUGCCGGCAAAGCCAAAGUCCCAAGUCCAAGAUGAAUCAAUCAUGGGGACGAAUAAUAGCAGCAUAGUCUCAAAAAGAAGCGUCGAGCGUCUCUACUUCCCCAACGAACCUCACUUCUUCCGCUACUUCGUCAAGAAGCCUCAAAGACGAUCCCCUCUCAUAAAUCGCGGUUACUGGUUGAGAAUGCGAGCGGUCGACCAGGUCGUCCAUCGUUUUCUGGAAGAGCGCCUAGGUAGGCCGAAAGUGGUGAUAAAUCUAGGCUGCGGCUAUGAUCCGCUCCCAUGGCAAUGUUUUGCCAGGUAUUCGUCUUCGUGCAAAGAGGUCACGUUCGUCGACAUUGAUUAUAAAGAACUCAUGAUGAAGAAGCGGGACGUUAUAGUAACCACGGCCGCCCUAAAUUCAGUGCUCACGAACAUGCAGGUACCUUUAGAGGGGGAUGUCUUGCUUCGCAGUGAUGAAUAUCUCCAACUUGGUUGCGAUCUAAGAGAUCUUGAUAGCCUCGAAAGGAUGGUAUCGGGGACUGUCAAUGUCCAGGAAUCGGUAAUACUUCUCAUUGCAGAAGUUUCGAUUACGUACAUGGAUGUUAAGGCAGCCGAUGAUUUGAUACGGUGGGCUGGCAACUUAUCUCAUGGCAAGCACCUCCCCUCCAGAUUCUGUCUCCUUGAGCAGCUUCUCCCGCAAGGGAUAGGGCAUCCAUUUGCUCAAACAAUGCUGGCACACUUUGACAAAUUGCAAACUCCGUUAAGGGCGGCCGAGAAGUAUCCCUCCACGGCAGAUCAACUCGAGCGAUUUAGAUGUCUGGGAUGGCCCAACGUCUCAGUAUGCAACCUCUGGGAGCUGUGGAGCUCGGCCCCCUUUGCCAGCCUCUCGGAGCGCAAGGAGUUGGACAAAAUUGAGCCAUUCGAUGAAUGGGAAGAGUUUGCUCUCUUCGGAUGCCAUUAUUUCUUAUUAGUUGCCGAUACUGUUUCCGUAUCAACCCAGACUUUAGGCCCAAAAUCAAGAACUCGACGAGAUCAAUCGACAAUUUCAGAAUAUUCCGAAGGUGUUUUACAAUUCCAGCUAUCCUAUGAGGAAUCUCCGAAGGCUCAAGGUUCUAAUCGAUUUGCCGCUGCAAUGCAGAUCAGCAGGCAGAAAAGUCCUCAAGAUGCCAUUGCCGUUUUCGGUGGAAUGGGUUCGGCCACGAGGGUGAACUCAUUGGAUAUCUACACCACAGACAAGGAGGCUUUUUUUCCUUUCCACCUAGACGGGGCUUCAAAUGUGCCAUCCAGUAGGAUGUGCCACACCAUUACAGAUAUUGGCGAUGAAGGUGCAUUGCUAGUCGGUGGUCGAACUUCUCCAGACAACGCUUUAGCAGACUGCUGGUUUUUUCACAAGUGGCUCAACCUCUGGGAACGUGUUGACGAUCUCUCCGUUUGCCUUUAUCGGCAUCAAGCUGUGCAUCUAGGCCGUGGACAUGUUCUAGUAUCUCCUGGGAGGGUCGAUUCCUGUAAAAUUUCGACUUCAUGGUUUAUUUGGAGCCGUCGUCGAGGCUGGAUUCGCUGCAUUUUCGACGAAGAUGGCGAGGUCCCAGCUGCGACAUACGGCGCCAAUCUAAUUAUGUCUCGUUCCGAGAGUAACGCGGCUCAGUCAAUUUCGACACAGGGGCUGUAUGCGGGUGGUCUAUCCGAAGAUGGGCUGUUACAACAAGCCAUUUGGAGAUUCGAGGUAAAAAACGCCUUGAGCGAGGAGCCCAUCAUUGCUUUCCGAGCCAUAGACUCUCAAAACGCAUCUACGAUUGCUCGUUUUGGGGCAAGCGUCAUUCAUCACCAAGGUCAAAUAUACCUCAUUGGAGGUGUUUUGAAAGAUCAAACACUUAGCCUGGCAGACGAGAUAUGCAUACUAGACUUUCAAAAUUGUUCGACAUCAUCGGUGUCACCCAAGCAACUUCCAAAGACGCCUCGGCCACUGCUGAUUGGCAUAAGUGUAGCACACACAAGACAGUCCUUUGUCAUAAUGGGUGGCUCCGCAGUUUGCUUUUCGUUCGGCACUUUUUGGAACAAGGGGUGCUAUACAAUGAGCACGUUAGAAAGAAAUGGCGCCCACGGAAACCCUGUCAGCAGCAUACAGGCUCCGAUAAUGACAUGGCGCUUUACGCAGAGCGUCACCACAGUCCGGCCUGUUAAGAGUACUCGAGGACCUCAUCCCACAAGUACAACAGAUCAACAGCCCGUCAUUGUUUCCAGGGUCCAAAUCACCACCGCUGAUCAUUUCAAUCGGCUGCUCCAAGUUGCUCAGCCUGUCAUUCUGGAGAAAUCAGACAUCGGCUCCUGUAGGUCGAAAUGGACCACCGACUACCUAAAGGAGAAAGUUGGAAGUGAGCGGGAGGUAAUUGUCCAUGAAGCUACGACAGAGCACAUGAACUUCAAAGCAAAGAAUUUUGCUUAUAGUUCCAAGACGUUUGGAGAAUUCUUGGAUCGAAUUGACGGUGGCGAAAGGCUAUAUCUAAGAUCUCUGUCUUCCGAAGAGCCUUCCGGAAAGCCGGCAAACAUUGCAAGCGAUUUUCCCACCAUAGCGGCGGACUUUUCUCUGCCACCAGAGUUGGAAUUAGUCACAGAUAAUUUACACAGCUCCCCGCUGAGGAUCUCAGGACCCGUGAUAAUGUGGCUACACUAUGAUGUGAUGGCUAACGUUCUCUGCCAAAUUCGAGGCUUAAAACGGCUCCUAUUGUUUCCUCCUUCCGAUAUCAAACACUUCGAUUUUGAUCCGGGUGCGUCGAGCUCCCAUAUCAACGCAUUCGAAAGACUUCGCGAUCCCAGACUUGCUGCUACUCAUGCGCAUGAGGCUCUGCUCGGACCAGGCGACAUCCUUUUCUUGCCUCCGUUUUGGCUACAUACCGCCUUGCCCACUUCUGGGGUAAGCAUUGCCGUUAACGCUUUCUUUCGAAAUUUACAAGGAAGUUGUUAUGCUUCAGGAAAGGACGUCUACGGAAAUCGAGACUUGCAGGCAUACGAAAAGGGUCGGCGGGAUAUCGCUAAAAUCAUAAGGUCAUUUGAGAAUCUGCCCAUGGAUGUACGAGGUUUCUAUUUGCAGAGGUUGGUCGACGAAUUCACGCAGAAGACCACUUGA